GGCUGGAAUUUGCUCAUAGGACUCGAUUGGGCUGUUUCUCAUCAUUUUGUCUUUUAAAUCACUGGAAGGCGGGCAGUGUAAUGUUUUUUUCUGUUUGGAGAACAGAGAAACUCUUCCCGCAACUCACCAGUUCUGAGAAUUGGAGAUCUGCCAUCUUUCUCUUUGUUCUUGGGAGAGAAUCCCAAGGACAGUAAAUCACACAGCUGCAGGUAACCUGAAAGGAACAAAUUUAGAUGGCUUUGGCUGCAGUAAUUUGUUUGUAGAAUAAAUCUCUUUGGGUUUGCAUAGUAAUGGAUCUCUCUGGUGUUGCAAUUCCUGUGUUAAAGUAGUACAAAUGUGAAGUUGCAGGUAUAUUAUUAGGCUGAAGUAGUUCAUGAUUUGCAAAAUCAGUGCAAAUAUUAAUUGGGACUCUUUCAUCAUGAUGAAAAGCCUUUUACUUGUCGGGGAAAAAGAAAAAAGCAAAUCCUGUGCUCUUCUAAGAGGAAAGCCUCAGGAAUGCUGAAUAAAGAUUCUGCCUGCAUCCCUUCAUCAGGAUCCAGUAUGUGCAUCUUAGAAGGAGGGUCAUCCGGUGGGGGCAUCUUAGAGAUGGCAUAGACAUCUGACAUCAGUGAGGGCUCUGAGGCAAACAGGCAAAAUGCUAGCUUCAUCUUUGAAAAUCUGUGGUGAAAAUGCAUUUGUAGCUGCAGUUACACACUGCACCUCAUGCUCAGCUGCCUUUGGCUGAUCUCUGAGGACACUGUAGAGAGAUCAAUUUGAUAUGGGGUGUUCCCUUCUGGGACACCUGGAGUUGUCCAUGGGUAAGCAUCCCUGUGUCAUGGAGGAAGCAGCCAGACUAAAUCUGGAGACCAGAGAUAAACCAAGUUAAUUACCAGACACAUGAGAUGCAAAGCGAGUUUGAAUGGGGAAGAGGCAGGAGGAGGAAAAGUUAUGUUGAAAUGCUGCUGCUGUGCUGAAAGACCCCACAGUGGUGGUGUGUGGGACUUGUCCUGUAAGUCAGAGAAAUGCCUUUGCUUAUGCUCUUCUGGCUAGAAUGAGAAAAAAUGAGGGUGAAAUUAUGGUGAGAAAUACUUCACUAUAACUAAAAUUUCCUUAGAGAGAGUUCUAGCCUGUUUCAAGUGCUUACUUUAUUUUUUACUAUGUGCAUGUUAUCUGCCCAAUAUUCAAUCCUGAACUCAGGAAAAAAUUAGAGAAAGGCCCACUAUCUUCCAUCUUCAAUUAAUCCUUUUGCAAAAGAGAAAUUCAAAGCAAAACACACUCUUAUGAAUUAAUGAAUUCUGGGUUUCAUGUUAGUUAUAAUGAAAUAUAUGAAUGAAAACCAAUUCCCCUUUCCCCUUCUAAAUUAAGCACAUGCAACAACUUAAGAUGGACCUUGAUAUCUGGACCUUGGCAUCUGCACCUUGGCUAAUGCAGGAAUUGAGUCUUGAAAUCUACUGCUGAAGUUAAACUAAGUUGCUUUGCAUUUCAUCACACAAAAGUAGGACAAGAUUUGUAUGUGCCAAAGAAAUGAGUCUGGCUGCUCAUCCCUUCUUGCCUCCAUUUCUCUAGUAGAGGAACAGUGUUUGACAGUCCCAUAUGAUGGCUGAAUCUCCUGAUGUGUGCAGCAUUCUGGCAGGGCUUUUGUCUCCUUCAAUGUCAUGGACACCUACCCCAGGCUUCUUCUCCUUUUCUUUGUCACUCUUUAUGCCUCAGUCUUUAUGUCAUCUUACCUGCUUUUCUUACUAGAUGGAAGAGUCUCAGGGGUUUUUCUCUUCUACCUUUGAUCUUGUGUCACAGAAAGUAACUGUGGUGAUUAUUUUAGCCUAAUUAAACCAUUUCCCUAUUUGAGGGGAAAAAUCAGCUAAAUGCUUCCUCCAGAAUAUACUUUGUUAGAUCAUAAGUGUUUGUAACUGCCUUUCGGUUAUGGGGAUUUGAUGUUCAGUAUCCUCUAGCAUCUAUUUUCUGUAGGUCAAUAUGAAGAGCAGGCCAAAUGUAAAUACUGAGAAGACUAUAGCUAUAAAUGCAGGAAUUUGCUUACCAAUGAAUAGUCUCCAGCCCUAGACAGAGACAUUAAUCAUGUUUUUUUCAAAUUGGAAACCUGUUUCCUGUGUGGGAAUGUCACUGGACGUUUGAAAUCAUAAUGCCAAAGUUUCAGGGACCAGAUCUGUAAAGAUAUGCCCAAAUUCUGAGGUAUGAUAGAAAUGCUAAUGCAAAAGUUACUGAUGAGCAUCUGUGUCCAAGUCAACUGAGAGAUGAAACCUAAGGCCAAACUGAUACUCUCCAGAGGGAUACAAAUAUAAACAAAAUAUGAAAGAAUAACUUUGGUGCAAGUUUGUCACAGAAUAGCAUGGAAGAACUUGAGAGUCGCCAUUUAGGUGGGUGUCAGUCUCUUCUCCCAGGAAGCAAGUGACAGGACAAGAUGAAACAGCCCCAGGUUGUGCCAGGGGAGUUUAGGUUGGAUAUUAGGGAAAAUUUCUUCACUGAAAAGGAAGUCAAGCCCAGCACAGGCUUCCCAGGACAGUGAUGGAGCGCUCAAAAAGUGGAAGUCUUAAAAAAUAGUCAAAAAAAUGAGUAGAGGUGACACUUGGGGGACAUGGUUUAGUGGUGAACAUGCAGAUAAUUGGGGGAUUGAUGGUUCAACCUGGUGCUCUUAGAAAUCUUUUCCAAUCUUAACAAGUCUGUGAUCCUGUAAUACUAUGGAGAAGCACACAAUGUUGAUAUUGGUUCAGGACAUUUACUGUAGUUCAUUAUCACACUCAGCAGCACUGCAGACACAGAUGUAGAAAUUACAAUAUUUGCAUUAAACCACAUGAACAUCUAUGACUACUUAAAAAAAUCUCCCAGGCCCCCAUAAAAUCCAUCAGUCCUCAUCUACUCUCCAGCAGAGUUUAAAUUAUAAUCACUUAGAAGUUUAUUAGCAAAGAAAUAAUUACAUGUGUAGUUUUCCACUCUUGGGACUUGCAUCCAUCUAGUGCUUUGAUAACAGUGAUGCACAGUGAGGAGCUGCUUCCCCACAGCACCUCCUUCUCUGCAGGAGAUUGUCAGCCUGGUCUUGUCCCUGGAGUACCAGCUGGAUGAGCCAGGUGCCUUCUUACAGAGAAGUUUCAGUACAACUGUCAUUUGGGGCUGACUCCUGUGGCUGAAGGGAGUCUGCUGCUGAGCAGCAGACUGCAUGUCCUCAGUCUGUGUGGAUGUUAACACAGGACUCAAUUAAAACACAGUCAGUAAAAACACAAGACCUUUUUUUUUUUAACUUUGUACCAAUAAGCCCAGGAGCUGAAGGUAAGUUCUUGCUAACUGCAGUACCACAUCCUGUUUCAAACAGGAAAGAAAAAUAUUUUUGGUUUGGGGCUUUAUUGUGCCUGUUGUUAGUUCUGGAGGAGAAUAUAUUCUGUGGUGCUUUUUCUUUCUCAUUUUCCUUUUGAGCGAAUUUAUUCUGUUCUCAGUAUGGCUUUUCUGGUUGUUGCUUCCACUCCUCAGGCCCCCUUGGAAUCCCUAGGGUUGGAAGCUGGUCCUUCUUCCCAUUCAGUUGAUGUGUUUUUCCCCUUCACUCAUUUUUUUGACAGAAUUUGCUUGGCAGCCUGCUACAAAAUAAAAAUAAAAUAAGAAAUACCACUUUCAUUCUUUACUAGGGAAAGAUGACCUUCCAUACAGUUAAUGAUAGAUUCUGAUUUUUGUUCUGGAAAGGGGUUUAAAUUUUCUCUGUGGUAACUUAGUGGCAAGUUGAGUUGAUCCUGUAUUACAUCUCAAAAGAUGGUAUCAUUGCCACUGUGGUAGAAUUGAUGGGGCAUAUUUGACUGGCCUUGGAAGGAUCCUUGCUUUGUGCUGUCUGUGGGGGAUGUAGUGGCCAGCUGCACUCAGAGCAACAUAAAACACUUAAAAGUAGAGUGCUUGAUUUUUUUGUCUGUUUUCUUUCCUUGUCCCAGUGUAAAAUUGUAUGUAAUGACUUUAUAGCAGCAGGAUUUCUGAGAUGUGCUUGUAUUUUUGCCUUUUCUUUACCUUGUCAUUGGGUAAGUAUGAAGAUUUUGUCAGGAAUUUCGUUUCCACAUCUGUGUUAAGUAGUGAUGCAAUAAAGAAUUAGGUGUGGAAGCUUCUCAUUUUUGUCACUCAGAAAUCUUCUCCUGACCACUGUAAUUACAUAAAUGUAAUGUAAACACUUAAAAAUCAAUUUAUAGACAGUUUUCAAUAGCAGUUUGCCAGCUAACUCAUGUCUGAGGGAAAGGCCCUAGUGCCCAAGCUGCCCUUGCAAUGGUGGGGGGCCAGAGAGCCUGUACUGACACUGCAUUCCUGUUUCGUGUAGAACUAACAGUGCCAGCAGUGUUUCUAGCUGGAGAAAUGUGAGUCUGGAGUGUGAAGUUUUUUAAUUUACAUGCAAGAUAGAAAAUGGGGACUGUGCUGUAGUACCCUGUCUAGGGAACAUUGAGUGGGACAAGGAGUAUACUUUAUUGUUGUGAGGAAAGGGCUGAUGAGGGUCUGUUGAAAAGCUAAUUCUUCAAAUGAACGUAUACCAGAUUAAAUGUGUAAUGAAAAUUCUGUAAUGGUUUCUUUAAAGCAGUUGUGGAGAAAUCCCUUGCUGCAGGAUCAAAUGUGAAAUGUCCCAGAGGCAGAGGAGUGUUGGAAAAGCUUUGCACACGUACCUGGGUUAUGUGCUGUUCUGGAUAGGGCAAUAAAAACAAGAUUGCAAUGACAGAUACAGAGACUGCACUGAGUGUGUAAAAGAGAUUUUUACUCUAUGUAUGUAAAAACCUGUUCAAGAAGAAGUCAGAGCUGAAAAUUCCUUAGGAAUAUGCCUGCUGUGAUUUAGAUGAUGAGAGAUGUAAGGUGUGUGCCAGUGCUGGUAAAGCACAGCCUUUAUUUGGAUUAGCUUGCAGGAAUACACCAUAGGAGAAUCUAAUGAGAAUAAAGGUGGGGUAUUUUGAUCCAGGCUUAUGGAAGAUACAAUGACAAUGAUGUUCAGUGGUGACUCUCGAGAUGCUAUGAAACAUCUGUUAGAGAAAGCAUUCUCACCUAAGGCAGUUAAAAUUAGUCAGAACAGGAUAAAAGUACACCAAAUCCCAAAUUCCCAAAUACUGGUGUUAAAGGUCUAGGGAAACUAUUGGUCCUUCUUGUGCUUUACAUGCACAAAUUUGUUAAUUUCAGCAAUGUGAUUGUUUCACAAAAAACUUUUUUUGUGUCUGUAUUUCUGUGGUGCUGUGAGAUGAACUGAAUAGACCAGAUUUCUGGCAGCCCUGCUCAGACUGAGCAAUUUGUCAGGGUUUGUCAGGUUUGUGUUUUUUGUAAGAACUCAAAGCAGCAGCCCCUCUGUGGCUCCUCAGAGAUGGAGUCUGCCCUGCAAUGCAGCAUUCAUUCAAAAAUUUUAGAUUUUGCUUCAUCCUUUAUCAUUUCCCACGGAGAUUGUGAUGGGAGAGCAGGAUAGGGGAAGAAGAAGCUUUGAACAUUUUCAAGACAUUUGAUGUAAAUCUUUUAGCAAGCUCCAUCCCAUGCUGGUAGAAUUGCAUUUAUUGUCACUUUUGUGGUCCCUCAUUAUUGCCACUUUUUGUGGUCCCUCAUUUCCCUUCUCAGACUGUGAAGCAGACUGAGAGUUUGCAUGCUGAGAACUGUGUUUUUGUUUGUUUCCAUGACAUUAUUGUUGUUACUGACUGUUCUUGUAUUAAUAUCAAACUAUAUUUAAGCAAAAAAAAAAACUCUAUAAAAAUAUGAAUGCCUACAAAAAGAGCUGGAGAGGGACUUUUUACAAGGGUAUGUAGUGAUAGAACAAGGGCGAAUGGCUUCAAACUAAAAGAGCUUAGGUUUAGGUUGGAUGUUAGGAAGAAAUUCUUCUCUGUAAGGUUGGUAAAGUCCAGGCUGCCAAGAGAAGUGCUGGCUGUUCCAUCUCCAGAAGUGUCCAAGACCAGGCUGGAUGGUACUCUGAGCAACCUGGUCUUGUGGAAAGGGAUUGGAACAAGAUGGUUUUUGUUUAAGGUGCCUUCUGCUCCAAAGCAUUCUGAGUAUCUCUGAUUCUAUGAUCUAGCUUUCUCUUUUCUAUUUCAGAAGAUUCAGGCUUCUAAACAAUCCACAUCCUUUGUGUAUUGCCUUUCAGAUGGUUUGAAACUCAAACCUAGCAGUAAUCUCCUGUGACUUGUGCUUAGCACAGCUCCUCCAUGGGCAUUUGCUACGUUUAUAUGCUUUGACUCACCAACCGCAGUGGUGGUCGGAAGUGAGCUGGGGGAGGUCAGUUCCUGUGAACAUGGCAUUUAACCCAUGAAAUGAGAGCUGCAGCAGGAGCUGUUCUUCCUUCUUUUUAGUUGUCUUACAGCUUAAGUAAGAAAAAAUGUGUGAGUCUCUGCUGAAGCACAAGUUGCCCUUGUUCUCCUUUUCAAAUCAAGUGUCACAUUGACACCAGUCCCGUGUUGGAAGCAUGUGGGGACCUGCAGCACAUCAGCUCAGUGCAAUGUCUCCAUCAGGCUGGAAGGAAGCCCAAAACAAAAACUGCACUGGCCAAAAUGCAUCCUCUACAGAAGCCCCAAGUACCUCCUAAGCCUGUCCAUCUCAAACCUGGGCAGGAAAGAAUUCCUCCUGCACCAUCUCGGCCUUUGCCAGCUGAUCCCAAGUCAUCAAGAAGCUUAGCACCUGGAGAGGAAGAAAUACCAAUAUCAGCAGGAGUCAACACGCUCAUUGAGAAAUUUGAAAGUAUUAGGCAACCUGUACAUAUUCUUCAAAGAAACCAGCUAAAUUUAGCUCUUAAAAUGGAACCUGGCCUGGACUCAUCCAAGCAGACAAGCUUGUGUGACCGUGACACAGUGGCUUCCAGUGACUCUUCCACAAAUUACAAAACUGAAUUGGAUGAAACUGAGCCCAACAUACCAUGCAGCACGGAUCUAACUAACACAGACAUAAUGAAAAUUAAAGAGCUGAGCAUAGGUGAUAACAAAAACCAUGAAGACUGUAGUGCUGUGACUGUGAGCAAAGAGUCCCAAGAGGAGCUUGGCAAUAAAGACUCAACUGCAGAACUGAAUGGGAGUGGUAAAAUUCCCAACAGAGACAGUGGCAUUGACAGUCCUUCUUGUAGUGUGGCUGGGGAAACAUUCCCCAGUGAAGAAGGGGCAGAGCAGAAGAAGCCCAGCAUGGCUGGGAACCCAGGAGAGGUGGAACCUGACAGAAAGGGCACCAAACCUUCCUCUGUGGAGCAGAAGAGAGACUCCACACAGGAUGACGACAGUGACAUUGAUGAAGGAAGCAGUGAGGAGCAAGAGAUAGCAGAAGUUCUAAAGUUAGAAUAUUUGGAUGUGAACAAGUGUACAGAGCCCCAAAAGCUAUUCAACAUCGCCAAUGAGCUGCUCCACACAGAAGAAGCGUAUGUUAAAAGACUCCAUCUCUUGGACCAGGUUUUUUGCACUAAAUUGUCUGAAGCAGGGAUCUCAUCUGAAGUGGUAACAGGCAUCUUCUCAAAUAUUUCUUCCAUCUAUUGUUUCCAUGGACAAUUUCUUCUUCCUGAGCUCAAAACAAGAAUUACACAAGAAUGGAGCACCAACCCACGGCUGGGAGAUAUCCUGCAGAAACUUGCUCCUUUUCUGAAAAUGUAUGGAGAAUAUGUAAAGAACUUUGACAGAGCAAUGGACAUAGUGAACACAUGUAUGCAGCGGUCCUCGCCCUUCAAAGAUGUUGUUCAGAAUAUACAGAAACAGGAGGUGUGUGGAAACCUGACUUUGCAGCAUCAUAUGCUUGAACCUGUGCAAAGGAUUCCUCGUUAUGAGCUUCUCCUGAAAGACUAUUUAAAGAAACUUCCAGAAGACUCUCCAGACAGAAAAGAUGCUGAAAAGUCACUGGAGCUGAUAUCGACAGCAGCAAACCAUUCCAAUGCAGCCAUCCGGAAGAUGGAAAAGAUGCACAAGCUUUUGGAAGUCUAUGAGCGCCUGGGUGGUGAAGAGGAUAUUGUUAACCCAGCCAACGAGCUCAUUAAAGAAGGACACAUUCAGAAACUUUCAGCAAAGAAUGGCACAGCACAGGAUAGAUAUUUAUUCCUGUUUAACAGCAUGGUGCUGUACUGUGUGCCAAAACUGAGGCUGAUUGGCCAGAAGUUCAGUGUCCGAGAGAAGAUGGACAUUGCAGGACUGCAGGUCCAAGAAAUUGCCAAGCAAAAUGUGGCUCAUACAUUUUCCAUAACAGGAAAAAAGAGAUCAUUGGAACUACAAGCCAGGACAGAAGAGGAGAAGAGGGAAUGGAUUCAUGUCAUUCAAGCCACAAUAGAAAAGCACAAACAGAACAGUGAGACCUUCAGAGCUUUCAAUAGCUCUUUUUCACAAGAGGAGGAGCAUCCUCCUGAUUCCUCAAUAGCCGGCACCAGCUCAGUCGAAUCAAUGCCAGGAGCAGAUGGUGGUGGUGCAUUAGGAGGGAGUGAUUCUUCUAGGAAAUCUUCCAAAUCCAAGCGAGACAAAGAGAAACAGUCUUGUAAGAGCUGCAGCGAGAGCUUCAACUCCAUCACAAAGAGGCGGCACCAUUGUAAGCAGUGUGGGGCAGUGAUCUGUGCAAAAUGCUCUGAGUUUAAGCCACUUGCAGAUAACAACCGCCAUAAUCGAGUGUGUAAAGAGUGUUUCCUGCAGCUCCCAGCAAUACCCUGCAGCCCUGGGAUGGAAGCAGUUGGGGAACAGAAGAAAAGACUAGCUGCAGAGAAGCAAAGCAACCUUGUGGCUGAAAACAGCCUCUUCAGCAGCUACCUCCAGUUCCUUGAAAAAGGGAAGACUUGGUACAAAAUGUGGGUGACCAUCCCCAAGAGUGAACCUCUUGUUCUGUAUCUGCAAGGAAGCAGCCCGGAUGGACGAAGCCCACGUCCAAUCCCUCUGCCUGGCUAUGAAGUCAGUUUACCAGGUUCUGGUGAGAAGUUUGAUCUGAAGCACGUUUUUAAGCUUUGCCAGUCCCAUCAAACUCUCUAUUUCAGUGCAGAAGAUGAAGAGCUGCAGAUGAAAUGGAUGGAAAUUCUCACCAAAGCUGCCAAAGGGGAGACUGAGGAUACAGCUGAAGGGCUCAGCAGCCCAUAGAGCAAGUUUCAUUUAGUUUCUUUCCUACAUACUAUAAACCAUCACUUGAAUUUGGUAUUCAUGGCACUUUGGAAUCUAUAUGGCUUUCUAUUUUUAUGUGUCUGCAUAGGAAGUUCUGUGGUUUCUUACCUUUUAUUGUACAUUUUUCAAGUACAGUAGUUACCUGCCGUAUAUUAUGUUAAAGAAAAAAGUAGUUAUAGUUGUUGGUGGUGUCAAUGCUGGUUUUAAAACAAAAGGCAAGGAGCAAAGCAUUAAUUUUUAAAAAGGUAAUGGAAAAUCAUCAGUCUUGUUUUCCUAAAUGUAUAUUUUCCAGUCCUUUUGAUUGCUGUUGAAUGCAGGAUGUGUAUAUUCUGUGAUUAGUUCUAUAAAUGCUGCCUUUUAAGUUAAAUGUAAAGGCUUGUGCUGGCCACUGACAUUCCAUUCUCAGCCUCACCCUCCUGGUAAGGUCUUUGUGAUGUGUGAGCAAUGUACUGAGUGUUUUCCUGUUGCUAAAACCAUGUCUCUGCUGUUUUGAGAUGAGCUGUUCAAAUGACAAAUAGUGUAGAAGGGACUUCUAAAAAUGACUGCAAAUCGUGCAGAACAGAACAUUAAGAAGUCCCAUUGAUUUUAAGCAUUUAUUAUAUUGAUUGCUUUCUUCUGGAAACAAUAUCUUCCUUCCUUCUAUUGGAACCCAUUUUGAUGUAAGUGAACAAACAUUUUAUACUGAAAACUGGGUUAUGAUCAAUAAACAAAAACAUUUUUAGUACAUACCAUACAAAAAGGUGACUUUUUUGUUGUAUUGGUUAAUUUAAGUGGCCUAGAUUUUAUUUAUAUAAUUUGUAAAUAAUGUUUCAUAAGUAUUUUUAAGAAUUUUUAAAAGACCUCAGCUAAUUAACAGGAUUUAGUACAUAGUGUAAGAGAUAUUUGUAUGAACCGAAUUUGUAAUUUAAUUUUCCUGUUCACCUGUUUUUAUCUUAUUUUCAAACAUAAAUGCUUAUCUAUUUAAAUAAAAAUUCCUGCAGUUAACUCCUGAGCCAGAUUUCCAAGGCACAGCAAAGUUUAGAUCAACAUUUAAUAUAGAUUAAAAAAAAAUAUAAAAGUCUAAAACAAACAAAAAAAAGGCAUGUCUGUUCCUAGUUGUAGUAAGCAUGUAGUAUCUAUCAGAAUGAAAUAAAAUCUGUCACAGUACUGUAUUUUUAAAUUGUUUGGUUUAACUUUUAUUUCCUCUUCAGCCUUCUAUAUUUUCUGAUAUUGAUAGAGAGGAAGAAAUGCUCCAUAUGGACAGAGUGGUUUAGAAUUUUUGAAAAUUAGUGGUCUGCAUCAGUGAGUAUUUUUUGGACCUACAGAAAAGGAUUUAUCCUUGUUUGGAGUUUGGCUUAUUUUUUACAUUGGUGAAUAAAUCAUAUAUCUGAAGUCCCUGAUGAUAAAAAAUUAGAGGCCAUGUAUUUGAUUAUCUACUGGAAAAUUUUCUUGAGACUUGCAUCUUUCUUCCUUAUCCACCCUCUCCCAACAGUCUACACAGAAGAGAUUUCUUGAAGAGUAGCUUUUACCAUGAAAAGGAAUUAUUUCCAGUGUGUGUUAUUUCUUCUCCCAAGCUUCCUUGAAAAUGUAAUGAUGAAGAGUGCUUGAAAAUUUACUCAUUUAGUAACAUUUCUGGUUUGGAGGUGGGGUUUUUGUUUGUUUUGUUUAUUUACAAUGUGUUAACAUUCUCUCAUUAUAUGAUUUUAAGCAAUCAAGGGAAAUGUGCAUAGUGAACACAUUAACAAACCAACAUGCAGUAAUGCAAGAGCAAAACACCCUCAGAGAAUAGCCCCAGGCUACAGAAUGCUGUUGAAGGAGAGUCUCGCUUGGUCAUCAUUGAUUGACCAGCACAAGGUCCCAGAAUACAGAGCUGCUGUGAAAUCACAAUCAAAUGCUCUGAGAAAUCACCACACAUCUCUGAAGGCUUGUCCUAAAUUUACAGCAGGAUCUAAUCUCGUCUAGAUCAAAGGCUGGAGGGUUAGGACCUUUUUUUCAUUCUCCUCCCUCAUCUUCUCUCCUUUGGAAGGAGGUAGGAACUUCAAAAGCUGAAGAAAUAGGUGUUGCUGACACUAUUUGUCAUAAAAGCUGUAAGCUUUAGACUUUCCUUUGUCAUAUAAGCUGUUCUUCUGAGCUCAGUCUGCUUCUGUACAGAGGGUAAGCACAGGGAUUAAGCAUCCCAUAAAUACUACAUGUGUCUUUGUAUUAGUGCAUAAAUAAGAUUUAAGCAACUAAUAGCCCCUUUCUAGCUCUACAUAGAGCUGAAUUAUAUACGCUGGCCAUGAUAAGACCAAAGAAAAAAAUUUAGAUGUGGCAGCAGCAGCUAAGUUCAACCAGGGGACUAAAUUGUGAUUAAGUGGGGAUUGAAAGUACAAUACCCAUAGCUGUGGUGUCCUGACAUCAGCACAUUUCACAAAAGAUGCCAAAAUCUCACAGUAAGCCAAGAACCUUCUCUGUGCAUGAGGGAUGUGGCCUGUGGAGCUGCACCAACAAAUCUUCUCCACUUUGCUGCUUGCAACCAUGAAGUAAAACCCUCCAGGUCUUUCUGACUCUGCCUGUCAGGUCAGGCACCAGACCCUACCUGCCUCAUAGACCAAACAUUCCUGCUCUGAGCAUGGCUGGAGCAGAAUUAAACCACACUGUGGUGCUCUAGGCUCUCAGGCACUGAAGCAUGCCAAAGUUCUGCUGUGUUUGGGAGCUUGGAAGCUAAACCUCACAAAUCUUGAGAGAGUUUUCUUGGUCCUCACUGUCAACAGCUGGAUAAACCUUUCCUUUGCUUCUCCAAGAGCUGCUGUCUCUCUCCAAGGUGCCCAUCAUCUCUUGCCUGAAUUAAACUGAUGUGUGUCAUUUUUUCCUGUCUUUUUUCUGUAAAUUGACAAUCAAUUAAGGGUUAAGGUUUGGGUUAAGGGUGUGAACACCCCUGGAUUUGUUUCAGGAAGAUUUCAUUAACAAAUCAAUUAGCUGUAUUUAAUCUCAUUCCCACAAAUUUUUCAUUCAGAGUGUUUAUUUAUUAAUUUUCUUAUUAAAAUGUCGUGUUUUGCCUUCAGAAAGAAGAGCUGGCAAAUGCAAAAGUACAAAGAACUGGCAAGGGAAAAAGGCUGUGACAGAGCAGACAGAUGGGGCCAGUCUCCAAUUAUUUAUUUCCUUCCUAGAGGUGGGAUGCAUGUUGGUAGGUGGCUUAUUUUGCAGGUGAUGAGAAAGUGAGGUGAUCAGGAUGAGGAACAACAUUGAACUACGACUCGGACAGACACAGCAUUCCAGAAAUUAUCUGGAUCCAGUUGAUUCACCUACAUCAUCUCCACCUACAUUUGAGCCUUUGGUACUGUAGGAGCAAUAGCUGAGCUCUACUGCUGUCAUCCUUGAGCUUGGACAAGACUCACUGUCAACACCAAGACUACACAAAAUCAAACCAGUCAGUUAAGAGGUUUUAUUUGAAAUCAAUGUCUCCAUUUAAAAUGAUGAAGAAGGAAGUUGUGGUUUUGCUAAAUGAUGUGUGACCUUUUAAUAUCUCUGGCCCCAAAUUGCUCAUGGGUAUCUAAAGGAUCGGGGUAUUGUGUCCAGGGUCCAUCACGGGCAAAGUCAGCAUGGACAAAUCUACUGAGAAACAGGAAAACUCUGGAAAUGGAUGGUCCUUACCUGCUGUGUCUGCUGCGGAUCAUCAGCACCAGGGAAUCUGGGCCAGGUUUUCACAGAGGCAAAUGGGACUGCUCCAUUCAGAUGGACUAUUUAUUAAUCUCUUAUAAAAAGGCUAGAUUUCAGUGUGCUCAUUUGGUUUACUUGUUUUCCAUCCUCUGUUGGCUUGGAUGGGUUACACAGGGUUCAUUGACUGAGGGUUUAGGAGAACUAGUGCCACCAUAUCAAUGCCUGGUUGUGAUCAAGUAAGGGUUUUGGCUAAAUCAUAGAAUCACACUUUUGUUUGGAUUGGAAGGGACUUUGAGAUCAUCUUGUUCCACCUCUUACCAUGGGCAGGGACAUCUUCUACUAUCCCAGGGUGCUCCAAGCCCCAGUGUCCAACCUGGCCUUGGACUCUUCGGGGAUGGGGCAGCCACAGAUUCUCUGGACAUCCUGUGCCUGGGCCUCACCACCCUCACAGGGAAGAAUUCUUUCUCACAGGAAGAAUUAAUUUCUUAAAUCUGGACCCCAUGAGUCCCCACGAGGUGAGCACAAUCAUAUACAUAUAUGUAAAACUGCUUCUAAAGGUGAUGCAAGGGAGGGAAUCUUUUUUCUGUUUUCAUGGAAUUCUUUGUCACUGACAGAUGCUCACAGCUGCUUGAGAGAGAAAGAUGACAAAGCUGUGAGUUUCUUGUUUGAUGCUGGAGCUGCUCAGAGAGAUAAAAUACAGUAGAGCAGUGAAAAUGAGGGAUAUGCUUUUAUGUCCAUUAUAAGAAUCUUCAGAGACGGAACAAAGUAAUCACUUUGCUGGAGCACACUGGGGCUGUGUGUAUAUGUCUGUCUCCCUUUUCCAACACUGAUGUGGAGAUGACACUUGUGGUUUUGGGAGGUGACCACCUGUACCUGCCCAGAGCACACAGCAUAGCCAGGUAAGGAACCUGUCUCCAAAGCAGAUGUGAGGGAACAUGUAUGGAUGUGUGACUGCCAGCUGCCCGAUGCUCAAAGAUAUCCCAAGCUAGAGAUGGUACCUGGUCUUUAAUAACCCCUUAGAGGGUUUUUGACCUAGAACUUAGCAGAUAAUAUUUUUCACUGUGCCUUUUUUUUUUUUUUUUUUAAUAACCACAGUAUCUUGUGCCAAAGAAUUCUGUACCUAAACGCCACCUUGGCUAGAAAGUUUCUUCCCUUUUUUGAAGUUGUAGUGCUAGCACCUCCCAGGUCUGGCCUGGGAAGCAGCACUGAACAGCUUCCCUCUAACCUUCCUCAGGACCUUGAGGUUGCACAGAACUCUCCUGGGUCUUCCCAGGUGUCUCUGUAGCUAAAGAGUCUGUUUCUUUGUCCCUUGCUGGGUAGCUCUGAUCACAUUUGUUUCCCUUCCUUGAGUCUCCUUUCUUCAACCACACAGGACAUGAGGUGGCUCAAGAGCAGAUGCUGGGGCAGGGAAUUUUUUUUCUCACAUUUCUGUCCCAGACUGUUUAUAUCUGAGACAAAGAAUACUUGAAUAUUUUCUCUUUUCAGCAUCUUGUGCCAUUUUGACUGUCUUGAACAAUAGUGAUGUGCCAGGGCUUUGCUGGUGGGCCAUAUUUCCCUUGUUCACUCCCUUAAGCCAGCUGGAAGAAGAAAUAUUAACCAAUAUCAGCUCAGUCUGUUUUGAAGUUGAUGCUGGAGAUGUACAUGCAUAUCCUUCAAUCACUGCCCUUUGCUAAAUGAGAAAACUGCCAAUGCUGCAGAGCAUCUGUGCAAUUAUAUUUGAAUGCACCACUUACAGACUGUGACAAAUCCAUGAUGUGAAUUGAAAAGUGCAAAACGUUAAAAUAAAAAUCGCUUUAUAAAAUUGCAACAAUCCAUUUAAAAUUGCACAGAGGAAAUGCAGAGCUGUAAAAAGCACUGAGCAUCCACCAUAAAAUAAAAUAAAAUAAAAUAAA